UUGAGGGUGGGCAAAACGAGCUCGAGUUAAAACCACCACAGCAGCAAAUUCAGUCAGACGACGACAGACAGAGAGAGAAAGAGGAGAUACAAACACUUACUGAUCUUUUAUCAAAAUGAACGAUCAAUUUGAAUAAAAAAAAGUGAUUUGGAGCAAAAGAGAGGACGCUGCAGGAUUCUCUGACGACUAAAGAACCUGCCUACAGUUCUGCAAAAUCCGCCGCCACAAUGAACCUCAACUCAACUCACACCUUCAAUUCUUCCAUUUCCUCGAUAAUUUAUUCAACCACCGACGCCACCUCCCUCUCCGCCAACCCGCCCCCCGUGUGCAACCAGCAAAACGAGGCUUUCAACUGGAUCCUGGCCGUCGUCUACUCGCUGUUUUUCAUUUUUGGACUUAUCGGGAACCUCUUUGCAUUGUGGGUGUUCAUUUUCCUCCAAGCAAGUCGAAACUCGGUGCGGGUCUUUCUCAUAAACUGCGCCGUGGCUGAUCUGGUGCUGCUGGCCUGCUUGCCGUUUCGCAUUUUCUACCACGCCAACGGAAAUAAGUGGGUGCUCGGUUCGGUAGCGUGCAAGGCAGUCGGCAACUUGUUUUAUAUGAAUAUGUACAUCAGCAUCGCGCUUUUGGGCUGCAUAAGUCUGGACCGGUAUUUGAGAUUAAGGGGAAAAGGGAGAGCGAAACGAGGCAUUCGGAUCCGUUUGUGCGGCAGAAGCUGGCCUUGGAGUUGGGUCGUCUGCACGUGUUUGUGGACUUUUUCCAUCCUCGCCCUCGUCCCCAUGAUCGCGACGGCGGAAGAUAAAGAAUUUGACAACAAGUGUUUUCAGUAUAAACCGCGGAACAAGGGAGCGAAAGGCAAAGCGUACUUCAACGGCGCUUUGGUGAUAAUGUUCUGGAUCGUCUUCUUAACGAUGAUGGUUUCUUACGCGAGGGUGGCCGCGCAGUUGCUCAAAGUUUCGAGAGAUAAACCGGACUUGCCCAACGCGCAACGGUACCAGCGAACGGCCAAAAAAUCCUUCUUCGUUUUGUUUUUGUUUACGAUAUGCUUCGGGCCGUACCACGCGUUUCGCCCGAUCUAUAUCUUUUCGCAACUUCAAGAUAUUUCCUGUGACUACAUCCAGCUGAUGAACCAAUCCAACGAAGUCAUGCUGUUGUUUUCGGCGUUCAACAGCUGCCUCGAUCCGAUCAUGUACUUCAUUCUGUCGGGAUCGGUGAGGAAAACGGCGUUCAAAACUAUAGGACGCGGAUUCAGCGCUAGAUUGGUGUCUCUGAACGACGCUACGUCCAACAGCUCCACCAUAGACUACAGGAGGCAGUCGGUGCCGUUCGUCUCGCCCGGAAACGACUCGACACCUCGCAGCAGCGGGAUCGUGAACAGCACGAGGAAGACCAGUUUAGUGACAGCGCACUAUUCUGGAAACAAAUGAGAACUGCGACGAAAGGACGAUUUCUUAAAAGUGCACAUCUAAACACCUCGAUAUGCUGUAAAUAACCUGUGUGUAAAAUAAAUGUAAUUGAAAUUUAGGGGGUAAUUUUGGUCGCUCGUGGUUUAGACCUGGUUCAGUCCUGGUUCAGUCCUGGUUCAAUCCUGGUUCAGUCAUGGUUCAGUCUUGGUUCAGUCCGGGUUUAGUCCUUGGUUCAGUCCUGGUUCAGUCCUGGUUCAGUCCUGUUUUAGUCCUGGUUCAGUCCUGUUUUAGUCCUGGUUCAGUCCUGGUUCAGUCCUGGUUCAGUCCUGUUUUAGUC